AUGGGACGCAGCGCCAGCCGAAGCCGCGAGGGAAGCGGAAAGGGGGAGAAGGGCGACAGCAAACGUGAAAAGGGCACGGUCAACACAUGGAACAACGACAGGCAGUUCGGCUUCGUUUCGUGUGAUAGCGGCCGACAAGAUCUCUUCACCCAUGCCGAGUACAUUACGGACACCAAUGCCCGCUACGAUGCCAAGACCAGGGGGUUGCGUCGCGGCGACAGGAUUGCCUUUGAUGUGGAGGAGCCGCAAGGGAACAAGAAGAGCAUGCAGGCUGUGAAUGUGGAGAUCCUUGACCUUGUGAAACGUUCACGUAGCCCUUCGCGGCGCCGAAGCCGCAGCCGUGGCCGUGGAGGUGGAGGACGUGGGCGCUCCAGGUCGCGAGGCCGCAACACGCGACCCAUGGAUCAAAGGGACUCCGGGCGCCCGAGCGAUGGAAACAGCGGUGGAAAGCCUCGCGCUCGUUCCGACUCGCGGAAAGCGCCGCCGAAGCGCCGUGACUCCCGUAGGCGUAGCCCGCCGCCGCGCCGCCGCGACAGCCGCAGUAACAGCCGCCGUCGAAGGAGCCCGUGA